UAUAUAUACCGGAGCGAGACUACAGAAGGCACCACAGUCUCCCAGGCCGUCUCAGCACUACCAACUCUACCUGCCAUCCUCCAAGAAACGUAACUCAAGCCAAAAUGAAGAGCUUUGUAGUCUUCGCUGUGCUGUGUCUUGCUGCCUUCGCUUCUGCAGAGACCAGCAAUCUGAUCGAUGAGCAGGAGGGGUUGGAGGAGGGAACGCCUCGCUUCGGAUUCCUCUCUUUUGACAACAGCGGCGCCACCCUCACCUUCAACUCUACUUCCCUCCAGUAUGCCGUUGUUAUUGGUAUCUUCGUCGUCUUCGCCGCUCUCAUCAUCAUCCCUCUUCUAGGAUUCAACCUUGCCUCUCUCUUCUCCUCCCGGGAUAGUUAUGGUUACGAUAACACCCACUAUUAUGACCCAAACACUGCCUAUUCUACCUACUCCGACUACGCCAAAAGGUCACUCGAUCUCCUGUCCCCGGUGAUGACGGCUCUUAGCGAGGCAUACAAGAAAUACGAGUAAGCCACCGCCUGUAUUGUUACGUGUGACCAAAGGCGUCACCCAGACCACCAGGCCACUAAUCAUUGAUAUAAAAACAAUUCUGGCAUUGAUGACAUCUGUCGGCAGACCCUGACACUGAUGACAUCUGUCGGCAGACCCUGACACUGAUGACAUCUGUCGGCAGACCCUGACACUGAUGACAUCUGUCGGCAGACACCUGGCACUGAUGACAUGUAAUUAACUGGUCAUAGAACAAUUGCUAUAAGUCAGUUGAUUUUUCACAUCAGUUGACAUCCGUCCACUGAAAAAGUCUUCAAUGUCGCAUAUUUUUUUACUGUGACCUGCUUGCUGACUCUUUCCAUUGACGGCUUGCUGCCAGGCUGGCCUCCUUCACCACCGCUUACUCUCAUUUUCAAAUAGCCCAUGACUGAGGGCGCCUCACUGAACGAGUCCGCAGACGGGUCCACACAUACACCUGUGACUCACUGAAGUCGCUGAUAUAUGCUUGUGACUUAUUAGUAUAGUCGACAUACAUGACUCACUCGCUGAUUUAUGCCUGUGAAUUAUUAGUAUUGUUGACUUAUGACAUACUGAACUAGUCGACACACACCUGUGACUUACUAGAAUAAUCGACUCACAUAUGUGAUUCAUGAGAUAAGACUCAUCUCAUUAUCUAGUUUAAAUUAUUUAUAUUGUUAUAUUUUUUUAAUUUAUUCACCUUGAUGUUGUUGUUGUUGUUAUUGUUACCUGUGUUUCCCUAAUUUUCUUAAUAAAAUAUUCCACCUGUACUGUAAUUAGAAACUUUUACCACUGUGCCUUUAGCUGUUAAAACAGAUGUUGUAUAAAUUAAUAUGUUAAA